CGGGAUGUUGGUACCUCGAGGUACCUCGAGGAUCGAGAUGUUGUGGCUCUGAAGUACUUAUUCCUGGAUGAGAGCAUCGGUCUCAGACAUGGCGAGUUGGAUAAACUUACCCGAAGCCUUGAGUUAAUGAAUAAACUAGAGGAUAGAGCAUUACUUUAUUCAUCGAGAUUGGAAAUACUUAUCGAGCUUCUGGGACUGAUAGGGCGUUCGGAACUUCAACGCCAGGUUUUGGACUUUCGAGGGAGCACGGAAGGACUCGGUAAAAAGAUAAUUUUACCCUAUAGGGCCAUGAUACUUGAUUUUGCUUCUGGAAUCAACGAAGAGUUGAAAUCGCUGAAAGCGAGAUUGAAAUCAAUCAUACCCGCAAGAACUGUUGGACGACUAAAGGAAGCCAUAAGGUUAAUGGUUGAAUUGGAAAAACUGACAGUGAUCAGACCUCGACAGGUUGAUUUUUUUCUGUUUGAAAUUGCUGAGUAUUUAAAAAGGGACGAUCUCGUUUUGAAAUUAAAUGAUUAUAAUGCAGGAAAAUACGAUUAG